UCUACUUUUCAGCCUAAACGGCGAAUUAAGGAGAGACGAGCCGAUCGAAGUUACCGAUAGAUCGUUGCGAAGGGCGAUCGGAUUUCGAUCAUUCGAUCUCAAGGAAGCUGUGGUGAUGUCUGCAAUCCGUUGGUCCUAAUUAUUCUAAAUGGUGCAGGAAGAGUCCAGCGUCUGGAAUCAUAAUGGCAGAAGGCUCAGAAGCAAGUUCCACUGAUGUUAAAGUGGACCAGUCUGAAAAGGUAUAUGGUGGUGAAAAAGAAUAUCUGAUUGAUGCUGAUCUAGAGCUGGUCAAAAAAGAAGGAUGCAAUGAAGAUGACGAAGCUGCAUUUGAUGAGGAAUUCAUUACAGAGAAGGAAUUGAUAGAUGUUAAAGAAAGCUCACGCAUGCUCAAACCAGUAGUUGAAUUGACAGAAAACUCAGGUUCUAGUUAUCUUGGAACAGCAAAUUCAGUGCCAAAUAUCAAUUUGCUAAUGGAAGCGAAGAUCAAAGAACUUGAGCUCCAAUUUGAAGCUGUCAAUGGGAAGCUGAAACUUUCAGAAUCUGAAAAGGCAUCGAUGAAGUUUGAGGUCGAUAGAGCAAAUGAAGAGUUAGAGAAAAUGAGCAGACAUUGUGAAGAACUCAAACUUGAACAGAAAAUAGUGAAAGAUCAUAUUUUAGAAAUUCUACAAAAGCAUAGUUUGCAUCUUGAGACACUCCAAGAAGCAUCGACAGAUAAGGACAUGAAACAUAAGGGGCUUCUUGAUAUGAAGGAAGCAUUCACUAGCUUGUCUGCCGAGUUGAAGAUGUCAAAGGAAAAGAUAAAAGAGCUUGAAGCAGAGUUGGUGUCAUCAGCUGGCAAAGUGCAUUCACUUGAAGAUCUCAAUAAAAGUAGUAGUUCGCAGGCUGAGUUGCAGACAAAAAGAGCUUUACAGUUUGAGAACAUGUUGGAACUAGCACAAAUGAAAGCAAAUGAGAUGGAAGAUCAGUUGCGUAAGUUACAAAAUGAGCUAAAUGGAGUCUAUAUUAAGAUUGCAGACAACACAAAAAUUGAAGCAGCACUAGAGACUGCAUCAUUGGAGCUUUCAGGGUCCCAAGAAAAGCUAAAGAUUUCAAAAUCACAGGUGGCAGAAUUGGAGCAUACGGUUGUCUCCAUGGAUUCUGUCAUCAUUAAACUGACUGAAGAAUUAAACCACCAUAAGGCUUCUGAAGAAAAGAUCAAAACCGAGGUUUAUGCAUUGGAAAAUCUGCUUUCUGCCUCUAAAGAAGAUCUCAAAGCAAAGCUUCUAUGCUUGGAGGAAGUUCAACGGAAGCUUCAAGAGCAGAUCAACGAAAGGGAUAUAAUUGAAGCUAGUUUAAGAAACCAAGCAAUCCAGACUACAGAUCUGGAAAAUAACUUGUCUAAUUCGAUCAAAGAGAAGGAAACUCUUCGAAGUACUGUAUCAGACCUUAACACAAAAUUGUCGAUGAAUGAGAAAUCAUGCAUUCAAUUGGAGGCAAAGUUACAGUUGGCUGACCAGAACUUCAGCAAGACAGAGUCACUUCUCUCAGAAGCAUUAUCAUAUAAAGAGGAGCUUGAACAAAAGUUGAAAUCAAUUGAACAGCUCCAUCAUGAAUCAAGAAUAGCCUUGGAAUCCGCUACCAAUAGAAACCUUGAGCUUGAAAGUUCAGUUGAGGCACUAAAUCUAGGCGAAGAGAGCAUAAGAGCACAGCUCAAGGAGAGUGAGAUGAGACUGGCGUCAACAGGGACGAGGAACAUGGAGCUAGAAGAAGAACUAAAGCUUGCAAAUGUAGAACGCCUUGAUGCAGAAAGGAAAAAAAAAGAAUUGAAAGAUAAAGUUGCGGAGAUUAGUGAUUCAUUAAGAGAUGUGGACAAUGAAAGUUCACUACUGAAAUGCCGGUUUCAAGGUUAUGAAAAUAGGGUUGGUCAACUGGAAUCUUCUUUGAGCAAAUCCUUCUCAAGGAACUCAGAGCUUGAAAAACAGUUAAACGACCUUGUUUCAAAGUGUUGCGAACAUGAGGAACGGGCUAAUGCAACACAUCAACGGAGUCUUGAGCUGGAAGACCUGAUUCAUGCAUCACAUUCCGAAGCUGAGGCGCGUGCUGUAAAAAGAGUGGGUGAAUUGGAGCAGUUGUUGGAAGCUGCGAAUGUGCAAACGGAGCACUUGGAACAAUUACUGAGUUAUGCAGAGGUAAAACAUAGAGAUGCUGAAGCUGAAUCGACGCAAAGCAACGGCAAGAUCUCUGAACUUACAGUGGAACUCGAAGCAUGUCAGACAAAAGUUGCAAGCCAUGAUGUUUUGCUGCAGGCUUCAAAAGAGGAGGAGUUGACGGAAAUUAUAAAUGUAGAUGAUAAAGAAAAAGGAAAACUUGAAGACUUAUCUGUUAUUCAGGAAAAGGAUCUUUUAGAAUCCAAAAAUAUGGUUCAGUCUUUGCAAAGUGAGGUUAAAUCAUCGAAGGUCAGAGUGGAACAUGUUGAGGAUAACCUGGAGACUUCAAGUGUUCAAGAGAAAGGGCUACAUGAGAAGCUUCAAAAUGCUGGAGAGCAGUGGAAGCAGCACGUGAAGGGAGUUGAGGAAGUCAAUGCAAGAAUUCCGGAUUUGAAAGUGUUACACGAGUCUUCAGUCAAGGAGUCGGAGCUGGAACUCCAAGAAACAGAAGAGAACUUUAAGCAGAAGCUAUAUGAAGUUGAGGAACUGCGAGGAAAAUCGAAGUCUGUCGAAGAGCAUUCAGCACGUUUUAAAGCUCUAGCUGUUGAAGCUACUGAAAAACUCGCCUCGCUGAAGGCAGAAAUGGAAAGAAAUGCCGUGAAGUUGGUCACUCUUGAAAACAAUGUUGAGGAACCUGAGCAGAAGGCCCCAGAUGCAUAUUUGAAGUCUGAACAGACAUUUUUGGAGAAAGACAUGUUGCCCGAGACCACCUCAAAGCUUAAGGAGGAUUUGGAAACUCCCCGGCUCAAAGUAAAUGAGCUUAAUGCACUUUUGAGUUCUAUCCAAGCAGAGAAGGCAGGAACUUCUGAGCAGCUGGCUUCUCUUGUAGAAACGAUCAAAAAAUUAACUGGUGAACAUUCCAGAAUGUUGGAACUCCACUCGACCACUGAAUCCCAUCUUAAAGAAACUGAACUCCAAUUGCUUGUAGUGAUUGAGAAACUCAAAGAAAGAGACUCUGAGACUACAGACUUGAAAAAGAAACUGCUUGCAGUUGAAUCUCAACUAAGAGCUUAUGAAGAGCAGGCUAGUGAAUCGGCUGUAGUUGCAGCAAGUCAGAAGGGUAAGCUUGAAGAAGCUCUCCUCAAAUUACAGAAUUUGGGAAGGCUUGUUGAUCAAUUGCGAGGCGAAUCUGAGCAGUUAAAGACAGAGAAUGAAGAUUUAGAUAGAAGAAACUUGAGUUUGGCUAGUGAUUUGUCAACCCAUGUGACAAAAAUUAGCGAGAUGCAAAUAGCAUUGAAUGCAGCAACUGCAGAGAGAGAUGAAACAUCCAUGCAGCUUCAUUCCUCUAGGGAAGAAAUGGAAAAUCUUAUGCGACAAGUUAACACUGACAGAGAAAGUCUCCAAUCUCAGAUUAAAAACAUGAGAUCAGCAUGUGCAUUGAGGGAAGCAGCCAUAACUGCUAAAUUGAAGGAGCACUUAAAUAUACUCGAAGAAAGGGAAGACUUGGAUGGACAACUGAAGCAAAUUCAAAGUGAACUUGUUCUAGCACAUGAAGCCAUAAUAGAGCAGAGAGAAUUGGACCACAGAAGAGAGCUGGAAAGGGAAGCUUCAAUGAAGCAAUCAUUCACUGAGUUGGAGGAUAAGCAUCACUAUGUUACACUUCUAGAAAAACAUAUUGAAGACCUUGAAAGGAAAUUGGAAGACGCUGAAACCCAACAUAAUAAGGCGACAGAAGAAAAAAAAAAAAUUGUAGAACUCAAUGGAGAAAUCAGCAUAUUGAGGCAUAAACUAAGUCAAACUGAUGAAAUGGAAAAGAAGAUUUCAGAGCUUGAAAACAAGUUAAAGUUGGCAUAUACAACAAGUGGAGAAGAGGCUACGGAUGAAGUCAUAGAAUCUGAAACAAAGGAUGAAAUGGGGGUGAAAUCAAGAGAUUCUGAACUGGACACCUCAACCCUGUCAAGGAGAAAGAACACGAAAAGGAGAGACUUCUUGCAUCAAGCUCCAGGAACAGCUUCACUGACUCAAACGUCACACGUCGUUACAGGGCCUUCAAGAGCCAUGUCCUUCAAGAUCAUCAUGGGAGUAGCUAUCAUGUCUUUGAUCAUUGGUGUCAUUCUCGGCAAGCGAUAUUAAGAUGGUUGAUAGACUAGUUGCUUCAUCUUUUACACCUGAGAAAAGAUUGAACCGCAGUCUAUUAAUUGAAGGGGUGGGAAGGAACUGCUGGAGUUCUGAUACCAAGUCGACUACUAGACAUUCUUGUCAGGUUAGUAACUUCUGUUUCUGUUCUCCUCUUAUCUGUGCUUGUAUCUCUAUUUCUUUGUACUUAUUUUUCUUUCUCGAUCAGUAUGGGUUAAAUUAUUUUGAGAUAAUGCCAUAAUUUUUAUUUAUUGUUUGUUUCAGAAUUAUUAUUUUUUAUUAUUCUAACAGUAAUUUUUUACCUGCUAGGGUUAUGAUCGAGUCAACUCGACUUCACUUAUCUCAUGGGGACUUCAAACUCGGUUUGAGACUUAGCUCGAGUUUCAAUUAUUAUUAAAAUUCGAUUUAUUAUAUAUUUUUUUUGUAAGCUGGGGUUUGGUUUAGAUUAUUUAACCAAAUGAUUCUAAAUUAAACACUUAUAUUCAUAAAAAGGGUUGAA